AUGAAAAAGAAACUUGAAAUUAUUGAGAAAAUUAAAGCAGGAGUGCCGAGAAAGAUCAUUUACGAACAGUUUGAUUGUAGCGCAGCAACGGUUUGCUCAAUUUCGAGCAUUGCCACAAAAAAUAAGAACAUUCUUUUGAAACGCAUUAGAGGAGGUUCAAAUAAGCAAGUGGAAGAAGCUUUACAUCUCUGGUUUAUAAAUAUGAGGUCAAAGGAAGCAACAAUAUCAGGGCCUAUUAUUAUGCAAAAGGCAAAAGACUUGGCUAAUAUUAUGAAUAUAGAUUUUGUACCAACUAUAGGGUGGCUAGAGCGUUGGAAGAAAAGAGAGAACAUUCACUUUAAAAAGCUGCAUGGAGAAAAAAACUCAGCGAAUACUGUUGCAGCAAGUGAAUGGAUUAAAAACAUAUUGCCCGAGUUGUUGAAAAACUACUCGGAAGAUGACAUAUAUAAUGCCGAUGAAACAGCUCUUUUAUAUAAACCACUACCAGGUGGAAGUUUAGCAAACAGGUCCGAUCAGCCAUCAGGCAGUAAAAUUUCGAAAUACCGAAUCACACUUCUUUUUAUAACAAACUCUUCGAGAAGUGAUAAAUACGUCUUCAGUGUUGGUAAAUCUUUAAAGGAAAGAACUUGCCUGUAA